AAGGAGUCAUGUAUCUGCUCUUGACGAUGAUUCUUAGGGCUGUUAAUUUGUUAGAUCCUUAGAGAUCCGAAAGGCCAAUGACACCUUUUUCUUCAUUUGAAUGGGCAGUGAAAAUAGUACAUUUACUAAAGGUUGUCGUUUGUGUGUUUCUAUUAUUGUUCAUUAAUGUGAAAAUGGCUUGAAAUGAUGGGCUCAGGAAGCUGAUAAUGGUAAAAUAUAUUAUCCAAAUUGGUCUAACUAGUUUAUUGUUGUAGCAUCACUGAUCAGUGAUCACUAUUACUUAUUCCAAAACAAACAACCUAUGAAGGGAUGGGGAAUGGGCAUUUUCAUUUAGGAUGUAGCCUUGAAGCAAAAUGGCAUAAAUUUUAAUCAAGAUAUCGAGCUUGCCAUUCGUCAAUGUGGCAGCUUUACAUUAUUGAAUUUCAAGAUUUUCUGUCGAUAUGUCGCAUUGUGCUGCGUAUAAGCUCCUGGAUAUUAGCCCUUCUCCUUCGCUAAGCCAUGAUUUAUGCUACCAUAUUCAUCAGUUUUCUCUGAAAUGCAAAUGUCUGAAUUUACUCGUUAGGGUCAAUAGAAAUUUGGUUAUUUUUUUGGCUCUAACUGAUGUAUAUGCUACCUCCUGAAUCUAAUGAAACGAGAACUACAAGAACAAUGUAAAUUAGAGGUGUCUGAAAUGCUUGUUCGUUGAGUUUUUCAUGAAACAGCACUGCAAGGCAAUUGCGUAUGCUUCAGUCAAGAUGCUUCCGUGCACUAAUUUCUUCUUAAUGUUCUUUAGACAAAAUGGAUUUGGAAUCUUGUCUCUCGUUUCUCUUGUCUAUAAACAUGUUCUCACCUUGUCAAUGAACAUGAUGGAUGCAUGAUGAUUCUCGUUUUAAUCUUAUCUCAAAACUGAUGAAAAUGGAGCUCCAUAAUCUGCUUCUCAUAAGUUCAGAUGAGGAUAUUAUACUUGCAAUCCCACUUAUGACAUUAUUUUUUCAGGAGACUAUAGCAGUUGCUACUGUCAUGAUGGAAAUCAAGGAGAAAGAGAAAAUUGUAAUAGCCAAGCCAGUUGCAUGUAGACCUCAUUUCUCAAAUCUGAAAUCCUUAUCAGACCUUCUCUCUGCUGCAACUGAUGCUUCUCCACCUGCUGCUUUUACUGAAACUGCUGGUGCAGUCAUAAGACCAACGACAGUGCGCUUUAAGCCCGACAGCGCUAUUGAUUUGGUUGGAGCUGAGGCUGCAGCUAGCCAUCCAACCAAGAGGGCCCUAGAAUCUAACGUCGCAUGCAAUGUGGUCUACAAGCCAAUAGCUAAGCUUGUUUCAAGGACAACGGUUUCUCAGUUGUCAAAUUUGGUUAGUACAGGUAUUUCUCCUACACAAGAGGUUGCUGAUAGAAUACAGUCAUCAAAUCAAGUUACUCAGCAAUCCGGCGCCACAUUAGAGGUCCAUCCUGAUUUCCCCACGCAGUCGGAGCAGAGGGCAACUACUCCAGUAGAAAAUCAUGCUGAUGAAACCAAAUCCUCGAUCCCUGCAAAUAUCAGGGAUCGGCCUUCAUAUGAUGGACACAAUUGGCGUAAAUAUGGACAGAAACAGGUUAAAGGAAGUGAGUAUCCUCGAAGUUACUACAAGUGUACAUACCCGAACUGUCCUGUGAAAAAGAAGGUAGAAAGAACGGUUGAUGGUAAGAUUGCAGAGAUAGUUUACAAGGGUGAGCACAACCACUUAAAACCCCAGCCACCUAAUCACACUCCAUCAGAUGGACACGUGCAGAAACCGGCAUAUGAUGCCACUCGGAAAGAGCUGCAAAGUCAUUUGAUAAAUCAACAAGCUGAGGCAGUGAAAGCUCAUCAAGGGAGAUCAGAAAAUCAGGAUCUAACUGCAUCGUCUAACCAAUCAACUUUUUCCUGUAUUCCACCAAUCAAUUAUACCGUUGCAUCUGCAGCAUGCAAUGCCGGCCCCUCAGUGUCCAAUAAUUCGCUGGGCGAAUGUGAGGAAGUUGGUGGAUUUGUCGAGGCAGAAGGUGGUGACUUCAGAAACAAAAGAACGAGAUCCACCAACCAAUUACCCAGAGCAAGCAUGGCAGGGGAAGCCUCAUCCGACCCUCAAAUUGUCGUUCAGAACCAUACUGAUUCUGGCAUAAUCGGGGAUGGAUUUCGCUGGAGGAAGUACGGCCAAAAAGUAGUGAAGGGAAAGAUGUACCCUAGGAGUUACUACAGAUGCACCAACCCCGACUGCAACGUGAGGAAGUACGUAGAGAGAACGUCUGAAGAUCCGGGCACCUUCAUAACGACAUACGAGGGCAAGCACAACCAUGCCAUGCCAAUAAAAGGUGCAAAUGCAGAGGCAUCCAAGGACAAGUACCAAGAACUGAACCAUCCAUUCCAAAAACAGAUGAUUGCAGGCUAUCAAGCCUCCAACACUUAGCUGCUACAAUUUUGCGCUGAGUAACAUCAAAUAAUACUAGAAAGAUUUUGAUUGAACCAAUGCAUUCAUCCUUAUACACUAUUUCAGGAUCCAAUUGUUUGUAGUGAUGAGGAGGCAUGAUAACUGGGAUGUAACUUAUUGUAAUUCUGCAUUUCAUCAUUCUCUGCAAUUUAAAAAUUUGAUCAAAUCUUAGAUCAUUGGCUUUCC